GGGGGAAAAAAGGGAGUGAGAGAGAGAGCAAGCGAGACAGAAACACUCGAGCCGACAGAAAACCCGCGCUCCGAACUAUUGCGACACGGAGCGAGGAGCGCGGCGAAGGCUGGCGGCGAGCGCACAGCGAGCCCCCGCACCUCGGAGCCGGCGGCCAGCACGACGGCGGCUCCCAGCCCCCCACCAUGAACACCAUCGUCUUCAGCAAGCUCAGCGGCCAGGUGCUUUUCGAGGAGGACGCCAAUGAGCGGGAGCGGAGCGGCCGGUCCUACGUGGGGGUGGUGGAGGGCCCGCACCACGCCGAGGUGCUGCUCCCCGACAGCCCGUCCAUCAAGGAGAGCCUCAGCCUGCGCAACCGGCGGACGGGGGCGCGGCAGAGCGGAGGGAAGGUGCGGCACAAGCGGCAGGCGCUGCAGGACAUGGCGCGGCCGCUCAAGCAGUGGCUCUACAAGCACCGCGACAACCCAUACCCCACCAAGACGGAGAAGAUUCUACUGGCCCUCGGCUCCCAGAUGACCCUGGUGCAGGUAUCAAACUGGUUUGCCAAUGCAAGACGUCGCCUGAAGAACACUGUCAGGCAACCAGAUCUCAGCUGGGCGUUACGAAUAAAACUGUACAACAAAUAUGUUCAGGGAAAUGCUGAGCGACUCAGCGUGAGCAGCGAUGACUCAUGCUCUGAAGAUGGAGAAAAUCCUCCGAGAAACCAUAUGAAUGAUGGGGGAUAUAACAAACCAGUUCAUCACACUGUGAUUAAAACUGAAAGUUCAGUAAUAAAAACAGGGGUGAGACCAGAAGCAAGUGCCAAUGAGGAUUAUGUGUCACCCCCCAAAUACAAAAGCAGCUUACUGAAUCGUUACCUAAAUGACUCAUUGAGACAUGUCAUGGCUACUAACGCAGCUAUGAUGGAAAAAACAAGGCAAAGGAAUCAUUCCGGUUCGUUUAGUUCCAAUGAAUUUGAGGAAGAACUGGUGUCUCCAUCAUCAUCAGAGACAGAAGGCAAUUUUGUCUAUCGGACAGGGCUCUUGUGGGACUGCAGCUGACUCUGCUCCUGCACCAAGACAUCUGCCUAUAGCACCUGCAUGAAGAAAAAGAAAUUACAGGGACAAACCUCUUCUUUAUUGCCCAGUGGAUCACUUUUACAUAUGAAAUCUAUAAUCUUCAUCACAAGUAACCACUGCCUUCAGUGAUUCUUACUAACAUACUGAUCUGUGUGUGGUGCAAGAGAGUGUGACCAGGAGGGAACAGGGUGCAGACAAGGCAGGCACUGGCAAGACGGGGUAGUAGCAGAAGGGAAAAGAGGGCUGGACUUUUCACAUUCUGGCUGGGGCAGUAAACUUAAAGGAAUGGCAAGCCCAUAAAAGUUUCACUUCAUUCUGGAAAAACAUCUGAAUUGAAUCUUCACACCCGGCAUGGGUUUUCUGCAUGUCCCAGCCUCCUUCCGCCACUGCUGGGGAGAAAUAAUGUGACUUGGGGUAACUCCUGGUAGAUUCUGCUUGUAGCACAAACUGUCCCUCGUGCAGUGUUACAUUGCUGCUGUUCAUGUUGCUGUAGUUAAGGUUGUACCUGUGUUUCCAUUAGAACCCUUUUAAUCUGCAAAUUUAUGACCCAGCUGUAAAAAUUCAAUCCAGACUGAAACUUGGCAUGAACAGUGUUCACUCUCCCAUCUGUGGAAGGGAUUUAAGCAGGUACAUCCCCGUAAUAACCAUCUGAGUUAGGCUUGUAAAUUUGGAGCAUGAUGACUGGUAAAAAAAACCUGUGAGCUUCUCAGUAGUCCUGGAGUCUUAAAUAUUUUAUGCCUGUGGUGAAACUAGUGAAAAGCAGCUUGUUUGUAUUCAGUCAUAUAGCUGUA